AUGAAUCUUUUCCAGGAGAGGAUGGAAAGCGCUCUGAAGGAGAAAACCGACCUCGCCUCGAGAUUACAGGAAGCUGAAGCCAUCAAUCAAGUGUUGGUCUCGGCAAACGAAGGCUUCCAGAGGGCAAAUGACCAACUGAGAGAAGCUCUGGAAGAGAAAAAGAAGGAGGUCGACCAUCUGGAAAUUUUAAAAGAAGCUUCUGCACAAGUAAUAGCCGGUCUACAACAGAGGAAUGGCGAUCUCGAGGAGGAAAUUAAAAAGAAUAACGACGAAAAGGAAAAGACCAGACUUUUGAACGACGAAGUUCAGCAGAUGAGAAACUGGGUUGCUGAACUUGGAGGUAAAAAUGCCAUAAUGAAGGAGGGAUUGGCCUGUAACGAACUGUUAAUAGACAUACUAAAAGAUUCUUUAGAACAUGGAGAAGGCGAGAACAGAAUAUUGAAAGGAGAAGUUCAGCAGAUGAGAAACUGGGUUGUUGCUGAAACUUGGAGGGAAAAACGCCAUGAUGGAGGACGAAUUGGCCGGAAAGAACUGCAAAUAAAUUCACUAAAGAAUUCACUAGAAAAUGGAGAAGGUGAGAUUAGCAUUUUGAAAGAAGAAGUUCAGCAAAUGAGAAAUUGGGUUGCUGAACUGGGCGGUCAGAAUGCUAUGAUGGAGGACGAAUUGGCCUGUAACGAACUGGAAAUAAAUGCACUAAAGAAUUCUUUACAGAAUGGAGACGUAGAGAAGAGAAUAUUGAAAGGAGAAGUUCAGCAGAUGAGAAAUUGGGUUGCUGAACUAGGAGGUAAAAACGCCAUGAUGGAGGACGAAUUUGCCAGUAACGAACUGCAAAUAAAUUCACUAAAGAAUUCCCUAGAAAAUCGAGAAGGUGAGAUUAGCAUUUUGAAAGAAGAAGUUCAGCAGAUGAGAAAAUGGGUAGCUGAACUGGGCGGUCAAAAUGCUAAGAUGGAGGAGGAAUUGGCCAGUCACGAACAAGAAAUGAAUUCACUAAAGGAUUCUUUAGAGAAUGAAAAGGAAAGGAACAGGAGUUUGAUUGAAGAAGUUCAGCACAUGAGAAAUUGUGAAGCUGAACUAGGAGGCAAAAAGGCCAAGUUGGAAGAAGAGUUACUCAAUAAAGUACAAGAAAUAAAUUCACUGAAGAAUUCUUUAGAAAAUGGCGAACAGACCACAAGAAUUCUGAGAGCCAUCAGGCUCAACUGA